AUGUUAAUAAUACGGAAUAUUCAAGCAUCAACCGUUGGUUCCAGAUCGGUACCAUUAGGUUUACGAUUAAAAAAUGAUAAAAUACCAUGGUGUAUUAUGCCACAAUUUUGGAUGAGGAAUGUUAAUUUAGCCAAAAACCAUUUAAGCUCAAGUGCUAAUAAUCAACCAAAGGGUUGGAUGGAACGAUAUGAAUCAUUUUUAUCACGUCGCUAUCCUAAAAUAUAUGCUGUACAAAGAAUGGUCAUGAAUGGAUGCAAAUGGUGCUGGUUGGAUAUAAAAACGUAUUAUCGAUUAAAGAAAGAUUUAAGGACCAAGACACGACAAAUAUCGGAGCUCAAACGAUCUGAGUUGCAAAUUCUUCUUCAGUGCCCUUCGGAAAUAACGCAUAUAAUCACACUAUUAAUGCUACUUCAAUUACCGGUAGUGGGCGAGAGUCUCUGCGUGAUGUUAGCUUAUAAAAAUUGUUUUUUAACUGGUGAAGCAUUACAUGGUUCCGGUGGAGCCAAGCUUCAUGUUAUCAAGCUUAAAACUAAAGAAGAAUUGCUGAAAUUGGCAGUUAUUAUCAUCUUUGUACCAUUGCCAUUCACCGUUUACAUUUUCGCAUUAGCUGUGAUAUUCUUUCCUCGAUUUGUCUUAACUCGGCAUUUUUGGACGAGUGAUCAGCGAAAAAAAUUUUGGUCAACAAAUCUAAAGCGUGCAGCACGAAUGCAUUUUGUUCCAUUGCGGAAAUAUCUUCAAAAUUUGGAUAUUAAUGUGCAAACAUCACUAAAAGAACUCAAGAAAUUGGAGUUGCCGGAAAUUAGCACUUACUCGCUUGGACACUUGUACCAUUUAUCAAAGCUUCAUCGAGUAAGUUUAUUUACUGCUGGUGUUCGCGGGCUUCAUGAUCGAGCAGAAAUACUGCGACAUUUGGACUAUUCGUUAAAAAAUGAAGAUAGCGCGAUCGAUAUGAUGAGUGAGCAACAAUUAUGUGAGCAAUUCUAUCUACGACGUUUGCAAUAUGAUGGCUUAUCAGAGGAAAAGAUGAAAUGUUUGCUGAAAAAUUGGGUUCAACACUUGAGUGAUCCACACUUAAAAACGCCUCUUUUCCUGCACGCACCUAUUUUUGAAACUGCCUUGAAAAGUGCUGCUGAAGACUGA